UAGCAGGUGUCCCGGCGCCAAAGAUGAAACUGGGAAGCUGCAGUGCAAAGAGCAACAUUCGGCUUACAAGUAUGAGACAAUGUCGACGUUUCGGUAGACGGUCGUGGUAAAGGUGAUACCAUCCAUUGUAGAGAUGCUGCAGUUUCUCAGCGUAAUUCUGGUCCUGUCACUUCCUUUGUUCUCCAUAGUGAGGACCACUGACCUGGAAUGGGAUGACAGAGGUUACAUUUUGUUCUGUCUCUGUAUGGGGCGGUUUGGGAACCAAGCAGAACACUUUUUAGGCGGUCUGGCAUUCGCUAAAGCUGUGGACAGGACCCUGAUUCUACCUCCGUGGCGCACAUAUAAAAAUGUCCCAUUUGGUGAGUGGUUUGAUGUGGCUAGUGUAAGAGAAUAUCACAGAGUGAUCACAGCUGAGGACUUCAUGGAGAGACUGGCCCCUAAAUACUGGCCCCAAGGGAACAGGACAGGCUACUGUUUUGGCUACCAAGGGUCAGACAAACCCUGUAAAAUGAAGGAAGGGAAUCCGUUUGGACCGUUCUGGGACGGCCUGGGAGUAGAGUUUGACAACAGUGUGUCCUAUCAUGUCAUGUAUACAGACACCACUGGCUGGAGGAUAAGGUUCCCAGCUGAUAAGGAGCCUGUUGUGGCCCUCAAGGGAGCUCCAGCACCUUACCCCAUGGCGGAGAACACUGUUCCUCUCCAGAAGUACCUCAAAUGGUCAUCAAUAAUAGAGGUUGAGGUUAAAGGUCACAUCACCAAGAUGUUCAGGGGAGAAAAGUUUAUUGGGAUUCACCUUCGCAAUGGUGUAGACUGGAAUAAUGCCUGUAAGAAUGUAGCAGGUGAGAGCAAGUUCAUGGCGUCUCCACAGUGCCUUGGGUAUGGAGGGAGUAAAAAGAUUUCAGCAGAGAUGUGCUUUCCAUCUAAUGAUGAGGUUCUAAGGUUAUUGGAAAAAAUUGUUCAACUGUCUGGUAUCCAGCAAAUAUAUGUUGCAACAGACAAGAAUCCCAUGACAAAAGAAAUUCAGACCCAUUUAACAAACUUCCAGGUUAAAGUUCAUCACUUAGAUCCCUGGCUACCACAGAUAGACCUGGCCAUAUUAGGAAAAUCUGACUACUUUAUCGGCAACUGUAUAUCAUCCUUUACAGCGUUUGUUGCGCGGGAGCGACUUGUCACUGGUAAACCUACAUUUUAUUGGGGAUACAGCAGCUGACAUAGACCUUACAACUAGGAUGAACACCAUACAAUGACAGUUUUCUAUGUCUUGUAUAAACAGACUGUUCUUGAUUAAAUUGCUCUUUUUUAUAUGUUGAUAUAUGUGAAAUGCAAUGAUUCUUGUACACAAUUAUUUUUGUGAUAAGCAUGAAAAGUCAGGAUAAAUUAAGAAAGUGCAUCGUUUCUAUUGGAAGUUUUCAUUUUUUUCUAAAUGAUGGAGAGUUUUCAAGCAAGUGUCUCAGAAUUUGACUUUUUCAGGGGUAAAUAAAGAAUUUCUCCUAUAAUAAUUCUGUCAUUGCAAAACAUGGAAAUAUGGAGAUUGGCCCUGAAGAGAGUAACUCCUGCUUUUCAAACAAGAACUAUUUUUCAUAUGGCCAGAAUGGUCUUAUUCCCUGAUAUGGACACUUUGAUGAGUGCUGGGGACAUGUUAGCUGAAAGUUGCUAGCUUGAUUGACAUUGACGUUUUACAUGGUACCUAUAUAUUAGGUCUGUUAACUCUGACACAUUAAGAUGAAUGGAGUUAGCACACUGAAGUUAUUUCUUGGUCUUAGAAUUUACACACCAUAGCCAAUAGGUUUAUGUGAUAUAUAUAGAGGUUACACUACGAGUGGUUGUUGAAUAUGGUAUUUA